GCGAAUCUUGAGCACGAUUACAGCUCACAGAAGGCUGGAACAUAAUUGAUGUCCUAAUUGAAAAGCAAGAGAACAACGACGGAUUCGAGCUCCAAUGAAAAAGUUUACUUGUUCGCCCACCAGAGUCCCAUUGCAACGACAUUGAUGUGAGCAGAGGGGUAUUCGCGCACUUCUUUUCCCCUCUUCACCCUCACAGUGCACUUACCCUCUUUCUCACUGUUAAGUUAUAGUUUUCUUUUAUGAAUGAUUCUCUCUCGCAACAAUACAUCCUUGGAUAUCUCCUCCUCUUUAGCACGAACUCACUUCGGCACAUCUUUCCUGAAGUUCAAACGCCACCAAGAAUUCCUCUGCAAACGCACUUGGGGAAAAUAUCCAACAAGAAAAAACUUCACUUUUUCUCCAACUGUAGCUGAAGCUAGUCUCAAAAUGAGCCUUAAAUCAGAUUCCGAGCCGAAUAACAACGUAUCCAUUGAGGAAGAGGUACGGACACUGUUUGUCAGUGGCCUUCCAGUGGAUAUCAAACCUCGUGAGCUUUACCUGCUGUUCAGACCAUUUAAGGGUUAUGAAGGUUCACUGAUUAAGUUAACGUCAAAACAGCCUGUUGGAUUUGUGACCUUUGACAGUCGUUCUGGAGCUGAAGCUGCGAAAAAUGCAUUAAAUGGCAUCCGUUUUGACCCCGAAAGUCCCCAGACCCUGCGCUUAGAGUUUGCUAAAGCCAACACGAAGAUGGCAAAGAGUAAGCUGAUGGCCACACCGAACCCCACAAAUAUCCACCCUGCUCUAGGAGCUCACUUCAUUGCACGGGACCCAUAUGACCUGACAGGGGCAGCCCUGAUCCCGGCAUCCCCUGAUGCCUGGACUCCAUACCCUCUGUACACCACAGAGUUGACCCCUGGGCUUCCCCAUGCAGCCUUCACCUACCCAGCGGCUGCCGCCGCUGCUGCUGCCCUCCACGCCCAGGUGAGGGACCAACCGAUGCGUUGGUACCCUACUCCCUCUGAGACUUCCCAGCCUGGAUGGAAGUCCAGACAGUUUUGUUAAAUCUAGUAAGUUACCAAAACGUGUACGUUUUUAUUCUUAUUUUUGCAUGUAUUAAUUUAGCUGUUCCACUGAAGUCAUACGGCAACCUCAGUCAUCUGUGUGUGUGUGUGUAGGGAAUGCAACAAGGAAGACAUUUUAAUGACGGAAUGGUAAUUAAAUAAUGAGAAUUUCUUUCCCUUUUUAGACCUCCAUCGGAACCAGAUCUUCAUCCAGUUGAAGAGAGGUUUGCCAAGCUCAAAAUUAAUCAGGUUUAUUUAAUGGACAAAUAUAAACAUCCAGUAUUUAUCUCCUCUGGAUAUCUUCCUCGGGAAGUGAGAACUGAAACCAUCUCACCGUUGACAGCCUGAGCGUAUGAUUCCUUUUUGGCAACUAUUACGGUACAGUUUAGCACUUAAAAAAAAAAACUAAAA